GCAACUAUUAUUAGUUUCAUCAUCCACACCCUCUUGUCUGGGCUGCAAACGUCAGAAUAUAGAAAGGAAUCGUGAACAAUCAUUAAUUCAAUUGUGAAAAAAAAAACAACAAAAACAUUUAAAAGUUCCAUAUGCAUCUGAACGGAAAGAGUGACAACCGGUUCCUCUUGAAAUUCCGCAUUCAGUAGAUGGAUUUUUCACUCAUCAGCGAAAUAAUAAAUCAAUGAGCAAUAAAAAAGGAAAUGGAGAAUCCGGAAGUGAACGUUUACGUGAGUGGCAUUGAGCGUACUCGAAAAAUACAUUCGAUCCACAUCGGCACUCAUCGUUAUUGAGAAUAACUCAAGCAAUUUUAAUUUAAUACCUCAGCAUAAGAAACCAUUCACAUCCUUCAAUUGCAAAAAAAAAAAAAAAAUGAGUGGAAUUUUGAGUGAAAUAGUUGAAUCGAAAUUGGCCGAGUGACAGUAGAAAUUCGAGUUGAAAUAUCUAUAUGAUUUUUUUUUCGAAAAUGGCAGCUGACCCACUUGACGCUAAAAUUAAUAAAAUACGACAGCAGAAUGAAGAGAUAAGACGACGUUACGAGGAAGUUGAAGCAGAUAAGAAAAAUGCUGCAAAAUCAAAUGCGCUAGUGCAGAUGGUACCCUCCACCGACUGGCCACAACGAAAAGAGCCCCCUGAAUUCUUCUCCCCCCCGCAACCCUCAAAAACCCUGACAAAACCACGAAACACACAUUCCCCAAGAGAUCACAAGGAGAGCAUUCAAUAUCGCGCGGGUGGAGAAGGAAAGAAAGGCCACACAUUUUGCCAGAGUGAAGGGCCCCCACCAGACCCAAAAUACAAUUUCCUCGCUGACUCCGAGCGCGAGGAGCCACAUGAGAGCUUUCCACGCGAGUCCGACAAGAAUAAAGCACGGGGAAAAACAUCACGUCCACAUUUUAGGAAACAAAGGGGCGGGAGGGAGUUUCGUGGAAAAACAGGGGGCUCAGGACAAGAUUUAUUACCUGAUUAUGAGGCGUGGAGGGCUGAGAGAAAUAAAAUUGAUGAGGCGAGGAUCAGUAGACAGAGGACGGCCGAGGGAAAUUGGAGACGUGAAUGGGAUAAUGAUAAAAUCCAUUUAGCUGGUGAUAUCACGAAAAGGGAUUCUCAUACACUGGGAGAUGCUAUGCGAUAUCCAAGAAAUUCAUCCUAUUCCUACGGACGAGAGUCUGAUGACCAAAGGAGAAUCAUCAAUUCUACUGAUCAGAAUGCACAAAUCAAUAACAGUACGAAUGGAUCCAAGAAUGUCCUGAUGAGUGUCAAAGUGAGCUCUUCCAAUAUUGCUGGAACAGGUCGAGUUGGCCCUCGUCAGAGAAGCCGCGUGGUGUACAGUAGCCAAUCAGAAAAAGACUCACUAAACUUCCAAGUUGGAGAUUUUACUGUUGAAACAAGCCCAGAGGAUAAACUGAAAUAUAACAAUUUCAAUAAUUCCAAGGGCUUUCAUUCUGAAAGGAGAAAUGAUUCAGACAAGUCUCCUCAGGCUCUCGGACGAGAGCACGAGAGGAACGAUAAAAAGUUUCAUAAAAACGACCUUAAAUCCACAACUUUUAAUAGUAAAGACUUGAGGAAUUUUCCAAAGUUUCAGCAUGUGCAGCGGCAAAACACUGGGAUGACUUGUCAAUCUAAGUCAUCUAGGAAUAUUCGAAAAUUUGACUCGAGUUUAAAUGAGCCAAUGAUGCAGGAAUCAGUAUCAUCAGAAAUAAACGAGAUAGCUCCUGUGGGGGCGAGAGAUAAAAAUGUUGCUCAAGGUACCAAAAGUGGCAGUCAUGACGGAGAAAUUUCUAUAGUUAAGAGGGAUGUGAAAGAAGUAGUGGAAACUGCUGGUACUCAUCAUGAAGAGUCUCCACAUAUCGAACACCAUGAGUCAUUUAAAUCCUCUUCUGAUCAAUUCCAUGAUGAUCUUGAUAGUGAUGAUGUCAAUAUUAAUGUUGAAAAUUAUAUUGAUGCAGUUGAUAAACAUUAUGAAAACAUCAACGAUUAUCGAGAAAUUCAAGAGAACGAGGAUGAAAUAAAAAUAGAUUCGCAAGAACAAAAGCAAGAAGAGGGAGUGAAUGUUCUUCAACAUUAUCCACAAGUCAUUGAUGACAAUGCAAUACAAGUAAUUGAUAAAGCCAUAUUAAAUUCGAAUAUCCAAACUGGAGGAGAAUUAAGAGACAAAAUUUCAGUUCCUGAAGUUGAGGAAAUGUAAUUUAUUUGAAUGCUUCAAGUUUUCUAUUCAUUGAGAUGAACCUUUCAAGGUUUCUUUAUCAUUGUCAAGCAUAAAAUUCCUCACAUGGCGAUAAAAACUAUUGAAAAUUUUGUUAAACUCAAGAAUUUCCAUCAAAACUCACAGAGUUUAAAAAAUUCUAUAAAUUCAAUACAAUUGCUGCAUUUUCUACGAGAGUCUUGUUAAAAUUUUCUUAAAAAUUAACGAUAAUUUUCAGCAGUUUUCUUUCUCCCUGCAAGUUCAUAACAACAUUUAUUUAUUCUCUUUUUUUUUAACAUUAAAACAAAAUUAAAAGCUAGUUCAUCGAUGGAUCUUUCUGUCUAAUGACAAUUUAACAAAUUGUGAUAUAUAUAUUUUUUUUAUUAUUGAAUCAAUAGUCUGAAUUUGUCAUAAUGAAAUCCCCUCUCACACUAUGGUAUUUCUACAUACAUGAAUAUGUUGAAGCCAAAAUUAUUUUCACAACGAAAUUCGAUAUUUUCGAUGGUGAAUUGAGCUUCCAAAUUUUCAUUUCGAUCAUGAUAUGAUUAGUUUUUAUGAGAUUCUAAUUAUGGAGAGUUUCAGAUGUUCAAAAAUUAUUGUAUUGCACAGUGCCAACAUGUGUUGUAGGUACAAUUUCGUCACUUUGUAUCUAUUUAUUCAAUUAAUUUAACCGAAAAUUUUAAAGAUUUUUGUUUCUUCUUAUGUGAUGAAAGAAAUGGAAAUAUAUAGAUUAAUAUAUUCGCAAUUCAAUGUUAGCAAAAAAAUAUCUAAGAUGAGUGUCUCUACUGAAUGAAAACGGAAUGAAAUUAAAUAUCAAGAAUUUUUCAUGCAGAAAAACUCAUCUUACCAAGAAUAAAAUUAUUCAAGAUAAAUCAUCA